AUGCAGCGCAUGCGCUUCCUGUCUCCUCGAUCGACUGCCAAGUUCUUCAGCGCGUUGGUCUCGGACAGCCGCUUCCUGGUCAAAGGAGAACUUACAAAGCUCGCUCCAGGAGCGAUUCCAGCCGUCGGUGUCGAGGCGCGUUUGACGCACGUCUUUUCGCUCGAGGACACUCGCGCCUUUGCUCAACUCUCUGGAGACAACAACCCGCUGCAUGUGGACGCCGAGUUUGCACGCAAAGUGGCAGCGAAGAGCAAACCUCUGGUCCAAGGUCUUUUGUCCGCCAGCCUCUUUGCCGCGAUCUUCGGUCGCACGAUACCGGGCGCAGUCUACGUCAAGCAGCAUCUGAGCUGGAGGCACCCCCUGCUUGUGGAUGAGGAGGUGACGGCGCGCAUUCGCGUGACCAAAGUCAGAAGGCGUUUCGUCGAGUGCGAGACCGUGUGCACGAAAGGCAGCGACGAUGCCGUUGUUGUUGUGGACGGCCAUGCGACGCUACUACUACCAUCUGUCGUAACUUAA